AUGAACAGGCCGCCGCAGGGCCGUGGUCCGCCUCGCACAGGAGCGACUUGGUAUCCAGGGGGCCAGGAUGACUUCUACAUGCCAGAGGUCAUCUCCCCCUCCCCCCAAAGGGUAAUGCCUGAAGUCCCCGAAAACAUGCAGGACAAUAUCGCUCAGAUGGAGCAUCACGCUCGCGACCCCCGCCGCGCCCAGCAACAGCCGCCCGCGCAAUAUCGCGCCCAGUUCCCCGAACGAACCUCCUCCGCCGUCCAGGGUCAAGCGCAGCAGGCCCAGGCCUACGACCAUGGCGCCUACGCGCAGUCCGCAACCUACGACAGUAUGGACCACCCCAACUUUUCACCGUUCCCCGUCCUGCGGAAUCCGCCCCCGAAUGUCCCUCCGACCGAUGAGCAGCGAGAAGCCAAUCUGGAGCGUCAUCGUUCGGCGAUUCUUUCAACAACCGACCCCGAAGUGCAGCUGUCAUGGGCCCAGGAUACGCUGGCCUUUGUGGAAGUCGCCGCGCAGAAUGAAGCCCGCCUGUCUCUCACCCAACCCCCGCGGCCUCAUACUCCUCAGGUGGAACGGCAGCUGAGAACUGACGCAAUGAAUAUCGUCAGCUUCCUGGCUGAGCAGCACCACCCGCACGCCGAGUUCAUCAAGGGCAUGUGGUUGGAGUUUGGCAAGUUCGGUUUCCGGGUCGACCGGAAGGAGGCUUUCCGAUGCUAUUCCCGAGCUGCGGAGAAGGGAUAUGCUCGUGCAGAGUACCGCAUCGGUAUGCAAUUUGAGAGCUCCGGCGAGCCGGAAAAGGCGAUUCGACACUAUGAGCGAGGUGUGGCCAUGUCUGACUCGGCCUCAUACUACCGCCUGGGAAUGAUGAUUCUUCUUGGACAACACGGUCAGCGCCAGGACUACCAGCGAGGAUUGGAAUACAUCCGCCUGGCUGCGCAGUCUUGUGACCAGAAUGCACCGCAGGGCGCCUACGUUUACGGUAUGCUCUGUGCCCGCGAGCUUCCUCAGGUCAGUGUUCCAGAGGCUUUUUUGCCCCCCGACCUCAACACUGCGCGACUCAACAUCGAGAAAGCCGCAUUCAAUGGAUUUGCAAAGGCACAAGUGAAGAUGGGUGCCGCAUAUGAGCUUUGCCAACUUGGCUGCGAUUUCAACCCUGCACUCUCGUUGCAUUACAAUGCGCUGGCCGCGCGCCAAGGUGAGCCUGAGGCGGAGAUGGCCAUCAGUAAAUGGUUCCUUUGCGGUCACGAAGGCGUUUUUGAAAAGAAUGACGAAUUGGCAUUCACAUACGCACAGCGCGCGGCUCAGAGUGGUCUCCCCACAGCAGAGUUCGCCCUGGGAUAUUUCUAUGAAGUUGGUAUCUUCGUACCCGUGGAUAUCAAAGAAGCUCGAAGCUGGUAUGCCAAAGCUGCUGCUAGCGGAAAUAAAGACGCCUCUGGCCGAAUCGACAGUAUCUCUCGCUCCAAGACUCUUUCCCGGAAAGACCACGAGAAGGUCGCGAUUUCGCGCAUCAAAUCAACACGCUAUGUCGCUCACCAACGCGGGGGCUCCUUGGAAGCCACACCGGAAAACAUCGAGAUGCCUGAUCCUUCUCGUAUGACCUUGUCUGAUCCACCCCCUUCUGCUGCUCCGUAUCCUGAUCGGCCGAUGUCUCGCCCUCGCCAACCGGGUCAGCCUAACUACCAAAUGCCCGACCCUCGACCCAGCUCGGCAUUUGGUGUUAACCCCAACUUGCGGUCGAAUGGACCUCAAGGCUAUGGCGGCCCGCCUGGUCCCGGGUCUCGAGCUGUAUCGUACGGCCAGGGACCGAUGGGCUAUCGCCAACCUGGCCCCGGUACACCAAUGAGCGCACCCGCUGGACCAACCAGUCCACAGGCUGCCAACAUGAUCAGCCCCAGUGGCACACCUCGAUUGGACAUUGGAUACUCCGCACCGGCUCCGCCGCCCGGCGACCGACGACGGCCUCCACAGCUCAAUAAUGCGGUAGGCCCUGACCGCAAGCCAGUGCGAACCCCCGUCUCCGCUCACGGUGGUCCUCUUCCUUCGCCUCGUCCGCCAGCGUCUCCUCGGUCGACGGGCUCCCCGUCUUCCGGCUCCUUCCCUCCUCCCCGUGCAGAGUCUCGCCAGCCAUCCAGAGGAUCAGCAUCUUCUACGCCCCAGCCGCAAUCGGUUCCACCGAGCCAGAAACCUGCCGCUCAGCCGGCGAAGCCUGCUGGCCAGCAGCCUAGCAAAGGCCCCAAGACUUUCGAAGAAAUGGGAGUCCCAAGCGCUAACAAAGACAGCGAUUGCAUUGUGAUGUGA